UCUUUUUUUUUCUCCCCCCUCUCUCGGUAACGCACUGCAGACUCAAUAGUGUCUUUUUGAACUAUUUAUACAGGCAACGAGUUCCCGGUGCAUUGCUUCUAACAGAGUUCACAGUGUGUGUGUGUGUAUAUAGAUAUAUGUGUGUGUUUUCUAAAGUGGAUUUAAGAGAUAUUUAAGAGAGAUAUAAAGCCGAUGGAAUUCGUGUUUUCUAACUCUGACCAGUGUCCUUGAACUUGCGUAGUCUGUUUUACUUUUAAUUUCGGCGUCACUACUUUCUGAAACGGUGACUAAUGUAUAACUGACGAGAUCAUUGGGAUACGUGAAUUGUAGACACGGCAAUCUGGGUCUGAACGUAAAGCCAUCAAUGAAACAGUCCAAGAGCCAGCCUCUGAUUUGUAGGAGUCACUUAUUAAUAGGACUGCACAAACUACACGACUAAAAAGUAGGAUCAGUUUUCUGUCUUGUUAAUUUAAAUAGAAAAAUAAACCGAAACAAAACAAUUUGAUAAUUGACUAUGAGGAGGAAAAAAUCACGAGGCACAGUUUAGCACACUGAACAAAGUUUAGCACAUUGAACACAGUUUAGCACACUGAACAAAGUUUAGCACAUUGAGACAUGUGUUAGCACACUGGAUAUGUAUCCAAGACCUAAGUCAUAACAAUGUGCACACAGCCUAGAGUCUAGGAUAUUUUCAUUAAAUCGCGGUGUGACUUUCAAGGAUUUAAUUUUGGAUCUAUUAAGGCCAGAUCGUGACGAGGCCUUGGAUUAACCUAACCUACUUAUUGAACACGUCAUAGCCGUCUGCUGUUGUAGCAGACCAGACUACUACAUAUUUCACUUUUGUGUUCUAUUGGUGUUUGUUAUUUCUUGUUACUUUUUGGAGUAUUCCAUUUGAUAUUCGACGGAGUAAUAAGACGGAACCCUGAUGUGAUCUUAUAAUAUUAUCUUUUAAGAAUAUCUUAUUUUUACUGCUGUUGAAAUUCAAUAAAAAUACAAUGGAUACACACAACAGGUGGAGGCGAUGGCUGUUGGUAUAUAUCUACAUUGCAUCACUGCUGACUGUUACUUUCUCUAAAAGUCUCUUCUCAAAAGAUGCCAACGGUAAAACACAAAUUUUACCAGGAGCGACAAACUAUUACUACAAAGUCGGUGACGUGGCUGAGCUGAAAUGUCCAGUUGCCAACUUGGGAGAUAGAAAGGUUGUGUGGCGUCUGGCCGCUAAUGACACCAUCUUCACUGUGGGAUACAACAUUUUCACCGAGGAUCCAAGAGUGGCUGUGACACAUCACAACGGCACAUGGAACCUCAUCAUCAAAGGUGUUCAGCAACGUGACUCCGGUCUGUACGAAUGCCAGAUCGCCUCCGUAGAGAAAUACCUCAGGAGCUACGUGGCACUCCAUGUAGCAGAUCCUCCGGAGAGGAAACCAAAACAGAAUAUCCACAUUUCAGGAACAAGUUUUGUAGAUGAGAACAACCCUAUUGAACUGGUCUGUAACGCCACUAGUGAGGAUUACCCCAUAGAAGACGUUGAUUGGUUCAGGGACGGCAACGCUUUGGUCACAGACGAGUCCCGCGGCCUGUAUAUCCACAAGAAAGUCUCCCUCAGUACCGACACCAUUUACAGCACUCUGGAAAUUAAACACGCGCGUCUGAAAGAUCAAGGUGUUUACGUGUGCAGGACAAGCAACUACGACGUGACCAGCAUCCACGUGAACGUUUUAAAUGGAGACAGUAACAAUGUCAAGAGGGGAGCCGCCACCAAAGGAAGCUCCGACUACCACAGUAGCAGAAACUCUCAAGACUCCAGGCAUCGCUCGUGGCACUUGAUGUCACUUGUCCUGGCGUCUUUGGCGUGGAGUCUGUCGUCAACGUAUGUGAUCACUCGAGAGCUGACAUGAAGAUUCUGUCUCCCUAUACAGUUAUUUUAUUCUACAUUUCUAGAGUGUGCAAUCUUUAUAUAAACAAAUCUUGACAAAGUAUCAUGUCUUUUGGGUGUACACACAUUUUUUUUAAUGGAUGACAAGACAGAGUAAGCUUUACCUCAAUUGUUCUUUAGACAUAUACAUUCCCAAGCAUGAACUACUGAGAUGUUUAAGUAAGGGGACAUUUUACCUGGUCUUAAAGUAAGCAGACAAUGAACAGACUUAGUAGUAUAAUAUUCCAGAACAAGACAGGGUUACUAUUUUUAGAUCUCUUCAUAAAUAACAACAACUCCUCAUCUUGCGAGUUUACAAUGUGUUGUAUGUUAGAAGUAAAGGAUAACUCUUUUCUUACAACCUUGGUCAAUGUACAACCAUCACCUCGUGUACAGACUGUAUUGGAUUAGUUCAAAACAAGGUAAUCAUGUAAUGUAAGAAUUUCAGUUUGUAAUUUCGUUUCAAACGUCGACUGAUUAGAAAUGCAAAUCUUCGACAAUAAAUCUUAUGAAUAAGAAAAUUAGAAAAUAGAAUUAUUUGUAUAGAACAGUUUUAUCAUUAACAUCAGCACCAUCUCUCCACGCUACAUCACCAUCAGCACCAUCUCACUAUGCUACACCAACAUCAGCACCAUCUCUCCAUGCUACAUCAACAUCAGCACCAUCUCUCCAUGCUACAUCAACAUCAGCACCAUCUCUCCAUGCUACAUCAACAUCAGCACCAUCUCUCCAUGCUACAUCACCAUCAGCACCAUCUCUCCAUGCUACAUCAACAUCAGCACCAUCUCUCCAUGCUACAUCAACAUCAGCACCAUCUCUCCAUGCUAUAUCACCAUCAGCACCAUCUCUCCAUGCUACACCAACAUCAGCACCAUCUCUAGAUGCUACAUCUGCAGAGCAUUCUGUCGAUUCUUGCAUUUAUCAUGCGAUUGUAUUUUUUCCCAUUCAAUCUCUUCGAUUAAUUAAUUGGUCGCCUCAUGUGUAUAGAAUAUGUAAUGAAGGUCUGGCUAAUGAAUUUAUUUCACUUUCUAAACUGGUAUUUUAAGUUCUCAAGUCAUAGUCUUAGUUUGAAAACAAACGCAAAGCUAAUUAAACUUGAAGAGUUUCGUGACCCUUGUUCCUUGAGUUUAUGUUAAUUUAAUUAUGGCAUUACCCCCCCCCCAAACCGUAAUGAAUGGUAAUUUAUUCUCUGUUAUUGCUUCGGGUUAAAACUUACUUAAAGGAAAUUAGAAAAAAAAAUAAGCCUCUGGGUCAGAUUGAUCUCCCCCCCCCCCACCCCUUAUACGGCUACUGAAUACGCGCCUCUAACACCCAUUGUACUUAUAACUUCGUAAAUUAGUCAUAUCUAUUUUUUUUUUAUAUCUCACAGAUAAGUAUACAAUUUUUUUUUUAAUUAUUUAAUGUAUUCUACAAAAAAAUAUUCAUCUUCAUUCUUUGUAAUUGAGUUGAGUUCAUGUUUUCAAAAGUUCAUGUUUUCUAAUUGUAGGCCAAAGACAGGUUUUGUAAACAAAUAGUUUCAAUAUAUACUAACGUUAUAACGUAGUGGAAACUUAGAAGAAUAACAACAAAAUACAAUUUUAUCAUUCUCUUAGUCCCAAAUUACAAAUGUAUCAUCUAAGAAACAUUAAAUGAUGCUUUUAUUUUAGUUGAUGCUUUUGUCUGUGUCAAUGAGUUCCCCCUUUAUGUCAAUUUUUGUGAACCCAAAAUUAGAAAUAUUACAUAUUUAGAUUUAUGUACUUUUUACACCUCAUAAGGGGGCUUUAUUUAUUAUAUUUUAUAAUUUAGAAUUAUGAAGACAGAAUUAGUCACUAUGUCUACACGUAUAAAGGUCCUCCUCGCAAUACUAUUUAAGUGUACAAUUUGACUUCCUUAAUGUAUAAUUUAUUAUUUUUUUGGUCAUGUAUUUAUAAAUUUGUUUGUUGGCUUUCCGUUUGUUUGGAACUUCUGUUGUACACAAUCAAAGAGAUUUGAAUGUUUCAUUAAGAUGUAUAAAAUAAUCUGUAUAUAGAACAGAUCACUCUUUUCUCGGAUGUUACCCAUUACGUUUGAUGUCAUUCUAGCUGUGUACAGUCUGUUCAACUUGAUGUACUUCAUACAUUGAUUGGUUAACGUUUGACCUACUUUUCUGUACUGCAUAUAUUGAUUGGUUAACGUACGACCUACUUAUCUGUACUGCAUAUAUUGAUUGGUUAACGUUUGACCUACUUUUCUGUACUGCAUAUAUUGAUUGGUUAACGUACGACCUACUUAUCUGUACUGCAUAUAUUGAUUGGUUAACGUUUGACCUACUUAUCUGUACUGCAUAUAUUGAUUGGUUAACGUUUGACCUACUUAUUUGUACUGUAUAUAUUGAUUGGUUAACGUUUGACCUACUUAUCUGUACAUUUUUCUUUGUUAUCUGGAUGGCUGGUGUUCAAGACAUUGUAACAUAUUUACUUGUUUCUUUGUGCCAUUACUUUAUAGUAACUUUUUAAUGGUAUCUUUCGACUUGAAUAUUUAUAAACAUGUAUAUUUUGUCUUUGUUUUUAUAUGUUUAUAAAUAUACCGGUAAAACGAAUGUAUUUUUAUUCCAAAUGACUGUGUUAUUUUUUUUUCACGCGCUAAAACAAUUCCAGACAUGGAUGACCCUAUUUAUAUAGGGUGAUUAAAAAAGAAUACGCCAAAAUAAUCACGCAUUUAUUCAUUUUAAAGCAUUUAAUGGACUGAAUUUGUGUUUAUUUGAUACAGGAGUUGUCAUUGUUAACUGGGUGUCAAUUUUAAUUUGUCUUUGUGGGAAACUCAUGUGUUUAUUUACCCUCCAAAUGUCGACUUCCCAGAAGAGGUGCUAGAGAGCUUGUUCUAUGUGAACACAGGGGACGGGACAUCAGGAAGUGUGUUUGGGAGAAAUGUCCUAUCGGCUUGAUGUCCGUGCCGCCAGUGGUGGUCACACUGAGCACUUGUAAAGAAUAAAAUACAAACUUAAAGCUUUAUACAACACUAGUGUCCAGCUGGGAGUCAAUUAUUUUUUUUGAAAUAAAGCGUCAUGGUUUUGGCGAUUUCUCUUUCAAUCAUCGUGUAUAUCAGUUUAAAUUUGAUAUCGUUGUCAACGUUUGAAUUGGAUACUAAAAAUAGAAAUUUCUAAGUAAGCUGAGCAAUCGCUUUUGGAAACAAACAAACAAAAAGUGUUGUUUUAAUUUAUAAAGUUAGAAUCUGUCAAAUAAUAUAUUGAAAAGAAGUCAUGAACUGUUUCUAUUCAGGUCAAAAUGAGGAAAGUUACGUCAUAAAACUAUGGAGGUUACUCCAAUGAAAAAUAUUUUCCUCAGUGGAUUGAUAUUAUAGGGAGUAUAGUUCUAAUCUCUUUCUCCACAUAGGCAAGAAGAAGUUUGUCACACUGUCCUGCUCGUGGUGUAGUGCUACGAGGUUUGUAAACACGUUCAAUGGAAAUAGAGUUUGUUGUUUGUCUUUAGCACACACACACACACACACACACAAGAUUUAUAAAACAAGAAAGUCCCAGUAGUUGAUUAGGGGAAGCACAUUGUUUUAAUUAAUCAAAAGUCUAGUCUAGGAAAGAAUUUAGACCUGUCGUUCUCAUUCUUGAAAUCUUUCUGUUCCUGUACAGUCAAUAAGGGCCAAUCAAGGAAUAACUCUGAAGCAGGUAGCAGCAGUUGUUAACUAGAGCAAAAGAAAACAAAACAAUUUUUCUUGAUCAAUAUGUCGUUAAGUAAUUUUAUUUUUCUAGUCCCGAUAUGUACAGUAAAGAAAUCAACAUCAUUAGUGUUACAUUUCAAGUCAAAACGUAACACAAGAUUUUACAUUUUACGAAACGAAAAUCUUUUUUCCUUUUUUUCUAAAUUUUGUUUGGAACCAUUUGACCAGGUACUACACACACGUGCCACACACAAAACGUCAUAUGUGUGCAUCGAGACUACUUGGUUUUGUUUGGAAUUAUAUAAGCUCUGGAACCUAAUGUUUAACCAUACAAAGGGAGACUAUCGUUGAUUUGUGACUUUGUAUAAAGGUUACAUAUUACCUCCCUUGAUAUGGUAGUAAUACAAUGUUUGGUCCUCAUGUUUACUAUAAGCAUUAGUUUCAAUGUUCAUGACGCUGUGUACAGUUCCGAAAGAUUUGCCAAAGCUAUAUGAUCAAAAAUGGUUCUCACCAGUGGGUCUCACUCUGUGUAAAUAGUUCUCAUUUAAUGUGUGCCUUUAAUGGACUAAACGUAUGCAUGUUUUUUGCUAGCGAGUGUUUCAUGUUUCUGUGUGUGUGUGUAUCUGGUGAGCAGAUGCACGGUUUGAUUCCUCUCUAUGUGUGCUUACUGAGCGGUUUCUAUGUGUGUAACUCAUUGACCUACUCUGUACAUAUAUCCAUAUAAUGUGCUUCAGAUUUAAGUUUAUCAAUGUCUCUCGCAAUAUGUUUUGUUUUGUAUAAAAUGUUUGACUAUUAUGAAUACCAAAUGGCAUGUCAACAAUUGUUUUCUAAUACCCAAAUGUGAACUUCAAGCGAAUGAGAUUAUGAAAUAGAUUGUAACUUUUAUAGUACAUGAUUUGACCAAGCGCAGAGACAACAAUAGACACAUGCAAAUAAAAACUCUCUCUCUCUCUCUUUAUAUAUAUAUAAAGAGAGAUUAUGAUUACCUAUUAAAUAAAAGAGAUGGGGUUAAGCUAGUAGAAGUGAGUUCAAAUCCUCAGGUUUACUUCAAUGACAACUUCGUGUGGUUCGUCGAAUAUUAAUAGGAAAACAAAUUAAAACAUAGUGAAAUAGAAAAGUCAUUGUGAAUUUCUUCUGUUGGAAGCAGACUUUCAAAGAAUCGAUGCCGUAAGCUUACUUUUUGAUUGAAACAGACUAUAUUGCAGUAAACUUACCUUUUGAUUGAAACAGACUAUAAUGCAGUAAACUUACCUUUUGAUUGAAACAGACUAUAUUGCAGUAAACUUACCUUUUGAUUGAAACAGACUAUAAUGCAGUAAACUUACCUUUUGAUUGAAACAGACUAUAUUGCAGUAAACUUACCUUUUGAUUGAAACAGACUAUAAUGCAGUAAACUUACCUUUUGAUUGAAACAGACUAUAAUGCAGUAAACUUACCUUUUGAUUGAAACAGACUAUAAUGCAGUAAACUUACUUUUUGAUUGAAACAGACUAUAUUGCAGUAAACUUACCUUUUGAUUGAAACAGACUAUAAUGCAGUAAACUUACCUUUUGAUUGAAACAGACUAUAAUGCAGUAAACUUACCUUUUGAUUGAAACAGACUAUAAUGCCGUAAACUUACCUUUUGAUUGAAACAGACUAUAUUGCAGUAAACUUACCUUUUGAUUGAAACAGACUUUAAUGCAGUAAUCGUACCUUUUGAUUGAUUACCUUUUGAUUGGAAGUCAGUUGACCUUUUGCUGACAUCAAAGAACGCUAACGCACUGUUCUUUUUCCUUGGUCCUAGUAGAAUAACAAUCAGCUGAUUAAUUGUAUGGGGUGAUAGUUUUAAUUUUAUAUAUUUAUAUAUAAUGAAUACAAUAUUUUUAAAUUUAAAUAAUAACUUUGCCAGAUUUCUUUCCAAACUAAAGGCAGAUUAUAAGCUAGAGGAUAAUUUAUUUUUUUUUAACUUCACGAUUUCUUACUAAAGUUUGUGUAUGUUGGUCAGAGAGUAUCGAAAUGUUGUAGUCAUUUUGUUUAGAUGUAUAGAUUUAGAUAUAGGUUAUUUGCGACAUCAAUAGGUCGAGAAUAGAUCUAGAUUAUUUGCGACAUCAAUAGGUCGAGAAUAGAUUUAGGUUAUUUGCGACAUCAAUAGGUCGAGAAUAGAUCUAGAUUAUUUGCGACAUCAAUAGGUCGAGAAUAGAUCUAGGUUAUUUGCGACAUCAAUAGGUCUAGAAUAGCUCUAGGUUAUUUGCGACAUCAAUAGGUCGAGAAUAGAUCUAGGUUAUUUGCGACAUCAAUAGGUCGAGAAUAGAUCUAGGUUAUUUGCGACAUCAAUAUGUCGAGAAUAGAUCUAGGUUAUUUGCGACAUCAAUAGGUCUAGAAUAGCUCUAGGUUAUUUGCGACUGCGACAUCAAUAGGUCUAGAAUAGCCCUAGGUUAUUUGCGACAUCAAUAGGUCGAGAAUAGCUAUAGGUUAUUUGCGACAUCAAUAGGUCUAGAAUAGCCCUAGGUUAUUUGCGACAUCAAUAGGUCGAGAAUAGCUAUAGGUUAUUUGCGACAUCAAUAGAUUAUGAUCUAGUUUAUUUGCGACAUCAGUAGAUCUAGGUGUAGGUUAUUUGCGACAUCAGUAGGUCUAGAAUAGCUCUAGGUUAUUUGCGACAUCAAUAGAUUAAGAUCUAGUUUAUUUGCGACAUCAAUAGAUUAAGAUCUAGUUUAUUUGCGACAUCAAUAGAUUAUGAUCUAGUUUAUUUGCGACAUCAGUAGAUCUAAGUGUAGGUUAUUUGCGACAUCAAUAGGUCUAGAAUAGCUCUAGUUUAUUUGCGACAUCAAUAGAUUAAGAUCUAGUUUAUUUGCGACAUCAAUAGAUUAAGAUCUAGUUUAUUUGCGACAUCAAUAGAUUAUGAUCUAGUUUAUUUGCGACAUCAGUAGAUCUAAGUGUAGGUUAUUUGCGACAUCAAUAGGUCUAGAAUAGCUCUAAGUUAUUUGCGACAUCAAUAGAUUAAGAUCUAGUUUAUUUGCGACAUCAAUAGAUUAAGAUCUAGUUUAUUUGCGACAUCAAUAGAUUAAGAUUUAGUUUAUUUGCGACAUCAAUAGAUUAAGAUCUAGUUUAUUUGCGACAUCAAUAGAUUAUGAUCUAGUUUAUUUGCGACAUCAGUAGAUCUAGGUGUAGGUUAUUUGCGACAUCAAUAGGUCUAGAAUAGCUCUAGGUUAUUUGCGACAUCAAUAGAUUAAGAUCUAGUUUAUUUGCGACAUCAAUAGAUUAAGAUCUAGUUUAUUUGCGACAUCAAUAGAUUAAGAUAUAGUUUAUUUGCGACAUCAGUAGAUCUAGGUGUAGGUUAUUUGCGACAUCAAUAGAGCUAUGUGAAAACGUUCUCAACUUAAGUAGCGAUGGGUAUGAUUAUCAAUAGUUAUUAAACAAAAUAAUUUCUGUCCCGUAAGUCUGGCUAUAUAGGUUUUGUAUAGAUUUCAAUUUAGAUUUUUAAAAUUCCAAUCUUAAUACAUUUGUUAUAUAUGUCAAGCUUAUAUAGGACAAUCAUUUAAGAUAUGUUGUAUUUGGAUGUAGGAACGAUGUCAUAAUUACGACUAGCUAGGUAAAAGUACCCUUUAUACUCAGUGGCGUCGCUGGGAUGGGGGGUCCAAUUUUGAAAAUCUUCCCGGGCCCCCACCUGAGGGGGCUCCCAAAUGAAGGCCCGAAACGUGUUUUUACAUUAAAUAUUACGUCGUUAUCUCAAGACCUGAUGUUGAAUUUCAAAAUGCUGGGGCCCAUAGAGAAGUCAAGCCCACUUCCCGGGCCACCAAAUCAUUAACUACGCCACUGUUUAAACUUUUCGAUAUUAAUUUAUGAUGUAGCUGCUGUUUGUUUGGAUUUAUUGUUGUCAUUAUAUGACACAAUGUUAUUAUUAUUAUUUAUGUCGCUGGCCCUUUGUUUUCCUUGACUCGCUAUGUCUUUAAUGUUAUAAAUAUUUUUCCUUUUCAAUGGAUGACUAUGUACUUUAUUUUGAAUCUCAGGAUUUAAUUUGAUUUUCGUAUUUAAUUUUUUGUUUUAAUGGGUAAGUACGAUGAUUGUCCGAAAGAAAUAAUCAUCUCCCCUUGACCGUAUUGAGGGAAGACAGACAUAGUCUCCAAAUGAUUUCCCUUUUAUGUUUUAUGUUUUCAAUAAAUUGUUUCUCAUUGAACCAGU